AUGCACCUGGUUUUACUUUCCUGUGCAAGGAAGGCGCUUGAAGGUGCAGGGAGAAGCCUACCGCCGUGGCGGUGCCCUUUACGAAAGGCUCAGCCUGGCACCGAGUGGCAGGGACCAGCAGAGCAGGGACAGAGCGGCCCGCGGGACGCGGGGACACGGGGACGCGGGGACGCGGGGACGCGAGGCGGAGGUGAGGGCGUCCCGCGCGCUCCGGGCCGCACGUUUCUUCCGCACGAAGGUUGUAAAGUACGAGACCCAAACCCCCGGGUCCUCCCUCCUUUUUCCGGAGGAGAUGCCCGGGCGCUGGGGCUGGUUACGAGCCUGAGCCUCCCGCAACUUCAGCCCCGCACCACCCACGGGGACCGGGUCCCCCUCCACGCCGCUCGGCACCCCCAGAAGGACGGGGUUCUCGGCAGCGCCCCCGCGGUCUCCCAGACCCCCGCCCCGGCCUCCCGCGCGCCCCGAUCCCCGCGGCCACCGCGGGCGGCAGCCACAAUGGGAAUUUUCUACUUUACCAUUAGCAAGAGGGAAAAGCUGAUUUUCAUGGUGUCUACAAAAUCUGCAAUCAACAAACAAGAGUUAAUGCAGAAAGUUUUCACCUAAACAAGAAGAUAUGUGGGAAGAUGAAGAUGAAGAAGCCAGACAUCUGUGUGGCUUUGAAGCACUCUGGGGACAAGGGGAUGGAAAGGCCAAAAAGACUGUCUCCAGUUGCUCAGCCCCAGGUCGCCAAACCUGUGGGGCUGCUGUACUCCAUGUACGCACACAUCACAGACAUAACGAUAAUAAUAAAA